AUGGCAAACACAACAGCCCUCGACCGGAUUCAUGCAAUCCCCGGCCUCUACAUCUCAGAUCGCUUCUCAGCCCGUGAUCAACACCUCCUGGCCAGACACCGCAUCUCACACAUCCUCUCAGUCCUACGAUGGGAAGAUCUCCAAAGUAAUAGAUCUCCUCAAUGCUCCAGUACAGCUCAAGAUAUCACAGGACCUGUGAUACAACGCAAGCAAGUUGAGAUAAACGAUGACGAGACGGAAGAUAUCGUCGGCCGUCUAACAGAGAUGACCGAUUGGAUCCGUGAUGCUCUUACGAAGCUACAUCCGUAUGAGAAUGCAAACCAAGAGAGCACUGGAAACGGAUCAUGGGGACACACUGGCGGCUGUGUCCUCGUUCACUGUAACCAGGGGAUAUCGCGUUCCGGAACGGUUGUUGUUGCUUAUAUCAUGAAAUCCCUCAGCGUUCCCUUCGUUCCAGCUCUAAGCCUCGCGCGGGUUUCCCGGAGUCUGAUUACACCGAACAACGGGUUUGAAUAUCAGCUGUGGCUUUGGGAGAGACAUGGGUAUGAUGUCUUUGACCGUAGAGUAAACGGCAGCAGUGUUACUUUGGUGCCAAAUGAAGCAUAUGGGAAGUUUCUCGAUGAGAUAAACGACAUCUUUUCGUUCGCUGAUGAGGAGAGGAUUUUGCUCGCGAAAACGUAUUGGUCGGCGGAAAUUAAGGCGAAGCUAAUAGACCUCAGGCGGGGUUGA